CUCUGUUGUCUCUUUCCUUCCGGGGCCAACGACCGAACAUUGAGGACCCGCAGGUUCUUCGUUUUUUCUUUUCGAAAUGAACAAAACUUUGACUCCGUCGUUCUAACCCCAAUCGAAAUCCCACCACUCAAAUCCGCGUCCCUGGAUUGUCGCCUUCUGAAUCGGAGUCCCCGAUUCAUCCAAACGUUUCUGUUCACCGACAUCGGAAAAAUCUUCCCUUUUCGUGUUUUUAGCCAACUUGGUUUCGUUCACUCGGACAUGAAUCAGAAGAACAAGAGGAAGAAGAAGAGGAGGCAGAGACAUGGGCCGGCCGCCCCGACGCCGGCCGCCGACGCGGCCGCGCCUGCGAAAGAGGACGAAGAAACCCAAGUCGUCAACGCCUUAGUGGAAGCUUUUGGUUCGGUUUCGGUUGAAGAAGCGGCUGGUGCUUUUUGGGAAGCGGAAGGUAACCCUAAUCGAGCCGCCGAGAUUCUACGGGUUGGUUUGUUGGAUAAUGCAGAUGAGCCGUCCACGAGCUCGAAUUCGAGUGCGGUAUCAGCCUCGGAUUCGGGAUUUGCUUCGAGCUCCGUUUCCGGAUCGAGCGACGGAUAUGUGGAGGCUAAUUUUAUGCAGGAUGCGCUGAGACAGAAGCGAGUUAGGGGUAAUAAAGCGAAGAAAUUGGUUGCUGCGACGGGGACGGUGUCUACGGUCCUGGGGAAGGAGUAUCUGAAGGUGAGUUCAGCGAGAGAUUCGGCUAGGUCGAAUGGAUUUCUGAAUGGGGCGAUUGUUCAUGGUAAAGAGGAGGAGAAGGAGCAAUUUCUUUGCGCAAUGCUUGGAGAAGAAAGCGAGCUGAGCUUGGCCGUUGUUAGAGAUGUGCUCUGUCAGUGUGGAUACAAUGUUGGGAAGGCUUUGGAUGUGUUACUCGAUCUCUCUGCUUCUUCAUGUGAGCAGUCAAGGAACUGUAUAAACUCGAAUUCUGAUGUAGAAAGUAGAGAAGAUACAAGAUCUUCCUUAGAAUGUGGUGAAAAUUUUGCAGAUAGGUUAUCUGAUUGCACUUCCCAAUCAUAUGAAAGUGAACCUCAUGAGAAUCCGUGGUUCAUAAGCAGUGAGUGCAGGAAUCAUUUUGACGUUCUUUCUGGUAGAUCAAUUGAAUCUAAUGUUUCUCAAGAAGUGUUGGAAUGCCUUUACAAGAUAUCAAAAAGCCCCCAACACGAACCAAGAACUAUGAACUGGAGGCAUGUAGCAAAGAAGAUGAACACAUUUGGAAAUGAGCUCGAAUCUCCUAAGGAAACUAUUGCCAGAGGGGAUGAAUACACUGUUCUCAGGAAAGAAGUUGUGCAACACUGGGAGUCGAUGAGAUCCUCUUAUCAAAAGGCUGCAGUUGCUUAUUCUAAAGGGGAAAAGGGUUAUGCUGCCAUCCUUUCUGAGGAGGGGAAGAAGUACUCUAAAAUGGGUCGCCAGGCAGAAGAGAGGGCAAGCCAGGAGAUAUUUAGAGCUAGAAACAAGAACAUAGAGAAUGUGAUAACAAUUGAUUUGCAUGGGCAACAUGUCAAACAAGCAAUGAGGCUCUUGAAGUUUCACCUGCUAUUACCCUCUAUACAGAAACUCAAGGUAAUAACAGGCUGUGGGUCACAUGGUGUGGGCAAGUCAAAGCUGAAACAGUCGGUUGUUAGACUCAUAGAAAGGGAAGGUAUCGAGUGGAGCGAGGAGAACCAAGGAAUGGUGGUCAUCAAACUUGAUCAACGCAGAAAUUUCAGCUUUGUAGAUGCUGAUAGCGACAGUGAUUAAGCAAAUUUGCAGGCAAAACUGAUCACAGGACAGAAAGCAGGUUUUGCAUUGGUAGCUGAUCCAGGAGAAUCUGAUUCGGCUGUAUAAAAUACAAUACAAUUACUAGUCUAACCGUGUCCUCGUCUGCUGCAUUAGUCAGUCAGUAGUGGUCAUGUAGCUUAUAAGUUGUGAUGCAGGUCCUCUUGUUGAGGCAGAAACCCUCUUGUAUCAAUCACUAUGCCGUGUAGAGGUAGAGAGAUGAAAAUAGUAGCUUAACUUAAAAUGAGGUGAAGACUUCAACUCGCCUUCUAAUUAAUCAAUUGUGUAUAACUAAUGUAACCAGAUUUGGUUUGAAAUUUGUGAUAUGGUUAUGGCAUCGCCGAUGGAUUCAGACUAAAGUCCCGCUUAUAUUGGGAUACUGGUGA